AUGAGCGAAUACGACGAUUGGGGAUUAGAACUCUUAAGAAAAGAAUGUGCUGGCCGUGAAAUUGUAAUUAAUACAAAAGAUGGCGUUAAAACACUUGCUGCAAGGUUAAGAGCAAGUGAUAAAGCUGUAGAAAAAGUACAAACAGAGGACGAGACUGUAGAAUUGGAAACUGACAGAGGGGUGUUUGAGCCUUCAAAAACACGAACAACAAAAACUGUAGAAGACUCGGGUAAUUUCAGUAGUGACCAUGACUAUGGCAAUAAGGGCAAAAUUCCCUCGGGUCCCACAAGUUAUGAACGUACUCGCGAGCCCCUGGGGUCCUUAAGUUUUGACGAACGAUUGCGUCUUUUGCAAUUUGAAAGAGAUAUGGCAUUAGAACGCGACGAACUUGAAAUGAGACGGGAAGAGCGUAAAAGGAGGGCUGAGAGGGAAGAUAAAGCGUUUGAAGUAGAAUUGGAACGAGAGAAAUAUCAGAUCUAUGUAGCUAAGCAGAGAGUACCAAAGCCUAUAAAGGUGCGAGAAAUGAGAGAAAAUGAGGAUAUAGAUGAUUAUUUUCGAAUUUUUGAGAUGACUGCUAAGGCCCAGUUAAUUUCGCAAGACGAGUGGCUAGGUAGUUUAAUCCCCCGUUUAAGUGAAAAAGUGAAGUCUAUAUAUUUAGAAAUUGUUGGUCCAGAUGCUCAGGAUUAUAAUAAAAGUAAGGCUAUUAUAUUAAGAGCAUAUCAGCUUAAUGUUGACCAUUAUAGAUAUCGAUUUCGCCAUUCAGAAAAAAAGGCUGGCGAAGAUUUUGGCCAGUGGGCUCACAGAACCCGUAGAUCCUUGAACCGAUGGAUGACUGUGGCAGAGGCCAUAGACAACCGAGAAAAAAUAUUAGAACAAAUUGUUAUAGAACGAUUGUUAGAUGGGGUUGGCCCUGAGUUACAAGUAUGGUUGAAAGAGAGAAAGCCCAAUACCGCAGAGGAAUUGGCAAAUUUAGCGAAUGAUUAUGUACAAAGUAGAAAGGGACCCUUAAUUGAUGGUAAAUAUGUUAGUGCCAAAAGAAAUGAUAAUAAGCCUAGGAAUGAUGAUUUUUGCAAAAUGAGAGAUAAAGUUUACGAAAAUAAUAAGGGAAAUCCAGAUAAGCCAGACUUUGGGAAAUUUCGAGAUAAAUUGGACAAGUCAAAAGUUAAGUGCUUUAAUUGUCAAGAGAAAGGUUAUUAUGCGCAUGAGUGCCGAAAGAAAAAAAACAAAAUGCCGCAUUGUUAG